GCUCUACACUUCUUAUGUCGUUCAUAACUUCAAAAACAUGUAAAUGAUAAGAAAACGACCAAGCGACGGGAGCCUCAACCGCAACCAACGGUCAUCAGCGACCUUUUGGUCACAAUGCACAAACCUCCGUUCCUUGAAACAAAUCCAUGCUUCCCUCAUCACCAAAGGCUUCAAUUCCAACCCAUCCGCCUUAAGAGAACUCAUUUUCCAAGCCGCCGUUGGGAUGUCAGGUGGUUUGAGUUAUGCUCAUGAAUUGUUCGAUAGAAUUUCCCACCCAGAUAACUUCAUGUGGAACACAAUUAUAAGAGGCUCAGCUCAGAGCCAAAACCCUUUAAACGCCGUUUUAAGAUAUACCCAGAUGGCGAAAUGCGGCGUUGAGCCAGAUAACUUUACCUUUCCUUUUGUUCUUAAAGCUUGUACUAAGCUGUGUUGGAGAAAAAUGGGGUUUGGGAUUCAAGGGAAGGCUUUGAAAAUGGGGUUUAUAGGGAAUAGUUUUUUGAGGAAUACCCUUAUAUAUUUUCAUGCUAAUUGUGGAGACCUGAGUGUUGCAAGUGAGCUUUUUGACGCUUCAGCCAAAAGGGAUGUUGUUCCUUGGUCAGCUUUGACUUCAGGCUAUGCGAAAAGGGGGGAACUUGAUGUGGCAAGGAGGUAUUUUGAUGAGAUGCCGGUGAAGGAUUUAGUUUCUUGGAAUGUUAUGAUCACGGGAUAUGUGAAAAGAGGGGAGAUGGAUAGUGCAAGGAAGCUUUUUAAUGAAGUUCCAAAAAAGGAUGUUGUGACUUGGAAUGCUAUGAUUGCAGGGUAUGUUAUUUGUGGGGAAUGUGAGAAGGCGUUGAAGAUGUUUGAGGAGAUGAAGAACGCAGGGGAGAGGCCAGAUGAGGUUACCAUGUUGAGUUUGUUGAAUGCAUGUGCAGAUUUGGGAGAUUUACAAGUUGGGACAAGGAUACAUUGGUCUCUUUCAGAGAUGGGCUCGAGAAACUUUAAUGUUUUGCUUGGGAAUGCACUUGUAGAUAUGUAUGCAAAGUGCGGCAGCAUUGAGAGGGCGCUAGAAGUUUUUCGAGAGAUGAGAGAAAAAGAUGUGUCAACAUGGAAUUCAGUAAUAGGAGGAUUGGCUUUUCAUGGCCAUGCGGAGGAAUCAAUUAAGCUGUUUACUGAGAUGCAAAGGUCAAAAGUCAGGCCAAAUGAGAUCACUUUUGUUGGGGUCUUCGUUGCUUGCAGUCAUGCUGGGAAAGUAAAUGAGGGUCAUCAAUAUUUCAAGCUUAUGAGAGAUGGCUAUAAUAUCGAGCCAAAUAUUAGGCAUUAUGGGUGUAUGGUGGAUAUGCUAGGGCGUGCUGGGCAAUUGGAUGAAGCAUUCAAACUCAUAGACUCGAUGGAGAUUGAACCUAAUGCCAUUAUUUGGAGGACUCUGCUUGGGGCUUGUAGAAUUCAUGGAAAUGUUGAGUUGGGAAGGCGUGCAAAUGAGAGACUACUCAAGAUGAGAAGGGAACAGAGUGGAGACUAUGUAUUACUUUCCAAUAUAUAUGCUUCAAAAGGUGAGUGGGAUGGAGUGGAGAAGGUAAGGAAGAUGAUGGAUGACUCUGGGGUAACUAAAGAGCCUGGUUGUAGCCUUUUGGAAGCUGAAGAAAAAGCUCUCAUGCAUUUUUUGUUUGAUUCGAAAUCCAAGAUAAAUUUAAGACCAAAGAAUCUCGUGCCAUGAUUAAGUACUGAGAAACUGCUUAACGUCUUCAAGUUUUACUUGGGCAUAAUAGUUCCCAUUGAUGAUCACCCCCAAAGGAAACAACAUGGUUUGUAAUUGUUUAGACCAAAUGUCAUAAAAACUGAACAAGCAAGAUGGGUUAUUAUAGAUUACACGUGCAUGGCUGAUGA